GUAAAUAAGUUGAUCAAGCUUUUACUAGCGAGCUUGUUGUCUUCCUGUAGCUGUAAUCACCCGUCGCCUGAUGACAGCACAGCACCCACGGUCCAGCCCGCGGAGAUAGAAAUGAUUUGACGGGGCUGUGCCAUCUGACUUUGUACCGUAACGACAGAGAAAAGCUUGUGUGGACAACACACCAGGGUGUUUAUCCAGAGAGCUAGCUGCGCGUUAGCAUAGCUGAACUCCACAUCGUGCGCUCUCCAUGCUCACUCUCUCUUCCAUCUCCUCCCCGGGUGCUGUCGCCGGCCUGUAGCUUCUUCCCUCGCCGGGUCCAGUGCUCGGUUGCUCGCCAGGAGAGGAUGAACUGGCUCUUCCCCUCGUCCAAAGGCUCCGGACCUCUCCCUCCUCUCAACAGCCUCCAGCAACAAAGACAGCGGCAGGUCGAGUCGCUGAAAGCCGCUCACCCCAGCGUUGCAGAGAUCCAAAAGGAUGUGGAGUACAGAAUACCAUUCACCGUCAACAACUCCACCAUUAAUGUCAACAUUCUGCUACCUCCUCAGUUCCCCCAGGAGAAGCCAGUGGUCAGUGUCUAUCCCCCUGUCGGACAUCAUUUAGUUGACAGCAAUAAUGGCACCAUGAUCACUAGUCCACUCAUCACUAAUUUUGGGAUGCACUCAGAUCUGGGUAAGGUCAUUCAGAGUCUGUUGGACGAGUUCUGGAAAAGUCCUCCUGCCUUGAUGUCCACUGGUGCUGCUGGCUUUCCAUACAAUUUGUACAAGCCAUCAAUUCAACCGUACCCCAGUCAGGCUUUCCACUAUGGUCAUAGACACGUGGGUCCCAGUCAGACGCCAUCUCCUGGCGCAGCUCCCAUGCCUCACCCAGGGGUCGACAGCGCUCACAUGCAGCCUCGUGCUCCAGCUCCAUACGGACUGAUCUCUGAUCUGCCUCUGCCCGUUCCUACAGGAGACCUACAGGCUGGACUGAACGAACAUAUGUACAGGAUGCCGGAAAUUCCAGAGUCUUUCUCUGAACUCAGUGACAUGAAUCUGACUUCACUGUCAGACUUGUCUGAAAAUGAAGACUUGCUCCUGGAGUUCUUUGUGAGUUUGCCACAGCUCAAGCAGAUCACAGGCGACAAAGAAGGGCUGGUCAACAGCAUAGUGGGCAUGGCUAAGAAAAACCUUCAGAUGGAGCCACAAUUGGACGGGAAACGGCAAGAAAUGCUUUACAAGUAUGAACAGCUAACUCAGAUGAAGUCGGACUUUGAGACGAAGACGCAGAGACAGCAUGAACUCAGUGAUAGUUGCAGUCUUAGUACUUUACAGGCUCGGUUAAAAGUUGCAGCCCACCAGGCUGAGGAGGAGUCAGAGGAGACGGCUGAAAACUUCCUGGAGGGACGUUCAGAAAUAGACGAAUUCCUGGCCAGCUUCAUGGAGAAGAGAACGCUUUGUCACAGCAGAAGGGCCAAAGAGGAGAAGUUGCAACAGUCCAUCAACACACAUGGACAGUUUCCUACCAGCCACUAGAGCACAAGGUUUGGUGUUUUCUCAGCCUACUGCUGCCAACUAAAAGGAUAAAGACACUAGGGAGGAGGAAGCUCACUGAGUCAACAACGGGCACUUUGAAGAUAUAGAAAGAUGCUGAUGACAAUGGUGGGCUAAAAAAAAGAAGCCACCUGUUGUUUACGGUAAUGUUUGACCGUGUGAGAGCAAGGGUGGAAGAGCUGUGAAGUCACCACAGGGACGCCGAGACUGGAAGAGUGGUGGACACAUGAUUAGCUGUUCCACCACAUUACUAAGGAUUGAUCACAUUGUGGAUAAUUUGUUAUGACACGUUCUGUCUGAGUUUUGUUUCUGUCCAGGAUCCGUGUCACGUUUGGUGCACCAGAUCAGAGUGGUUGAUGAUAUGAGCACUUUUGACAGGAAGUAUACAUUUCUUAGGACAGUAUUCCCAGUCUUACAUCUUUUCAUGCAAUGACUCAGUACAUGUCCAUUAUAGAAGAACUGGGAUAACACCGAUGUCGGGUUUUUCAGUCCCUGAGAUCUUGUCAGGUCCUUGUUUUUUUUGUUUCUUCAUUUGCAUUUUAAUCUCCUGUUUACACUGGGUAGGUUGUUCCAGCCAUUUUCAUAAAUCGCAUCACUGGUGUCAUUGUCAAACUCUACAAAACAAAUUUGGGAUUCAGCAAUGAAAAAAACAAGCAAGGACGGGGCAGUGUUUUAAACUUGGGCUGUGAAAAUGUAAACGGUGCAGUUUCCCCUCAAGCAAUUUCUUGAAAACAUCUUCAACAUCAGUGUGUUUGCACGAACAAGAAUAAUUUGAUUUGACCCGUGUUAAUUAAUCUAUUGAACGUUUUAAGAAAUUUGUUUCAAGGUCAACGUAAACAAAAUAACAGAACAAUCAUAUGUAUUAUUCAGUUACUGUCAAAGCUUGUGGUUUAUAUAUAUAUAGUAUGUGUUGAAACAACACAUUGAUCAGUUUUACUAUAUAAAGUUGAUUUAAAAUCAGCUUAAGGGGGGAGUCAGAGUACUGUAAAACAUAUAAACGGUUUAUUAACACUAUCUAAAUUCCACACGUUUUACAAUAAUCAAAUAAUUUUUGUAUUGUAUAACACACUGAUGGUUUUUCACUGAUUAGCAUCAUUAUAACCCAACCUUUUUUAAUAUCACGCCCUUUGAGCUUGAAGUGUUUGAAGAGCCUCAGAAGAUUUGGGACAAUGUUGCGGAAUAUUAGGUGAAAUGCUGCAGUAAAAGAUGAUGACAUUGGAUACUGUAUUUAAAUAGUGUUAAUAAUAGGGUAUAUUGUAAUCAAAGACUCAGACACCUUUUAUUAUAUGUUCCUAUUUAAUUUGUUAAAGUAAUAAAGAAUUUGAAAUAAA